AUGGCUCAACGCCUCACAUAUAGACGACGUUUAUCCUACAACACUCGGUCGAAUAAAGUGAAGGUCGUCAAAACGCCUGGUGGCAAGUUGACGUAUCUUUACAAGAAAAAGCAAGCAAAAGGCCCAAAAUGCGGUGACUGUGGGAAUCGACUUCCGGGGAUUCCAGCUCUUCGUCCUCGCGAAUAUGCUCGCAUUAGUAAACGACAAAAGACAGUCACGCGAGCUUAUGGUGGAAGUCGGUGUGCCAGAUGCGUGAGGGAUCGCAUCGUUCGUGCUUUCCUCAUUGAAGAGCAAAAGAUCGUUAAGAGGGUCAUAAAGCAACAAAGCAAACCUGGAGGCAAGAAAUAA